CAGAAAUACCCAAGGGGAAAAAAAAAAUUGACCACGCGAUCAGCCAAAGUCGUUUUUGUGUGUUGGGAGUCUUUUUUCGCGCACUGAGAGAAUUCUGCCCGCGUCAAAAGACCACUUUGAAAGAGUUUUCUCGUUCAGCAAUCAAUGAUCAGGAUACCGUGAAACCUUUUUUUUUUCUCUUCUUCUUUCGCCUGUUCCAAUCCCUGCCUUUCCCUUUCUUUCACCCCUCUUACCCCCUGCUUCACGUCUGCUCCGCUGCAUGAUGGAUCCCAGAUCUCACCCCUCCCGACCCCCCUCCACCAGUUUACCCCAGGGCUCCACGCCUCUUUCGUCAACGCCUAUCUCGAGUAUGCCCAUGCCUCAGUACACGAUGCAGCCUCAGUACCCUGUCUCCCAGCCGCAUACUCUCCCCCCGCUACAACCUCAUCAUAGUCAAUCUCCUGCUCCUCACUCUUACAUGGGCCAGCCUCCGUAUCGGCCUGACUUGACGAGGUACCCAACGUCCACUCAUGAUGUUUACGCGUCGUCUGCUGCGCCGAUCAUGCCUCAUACCACGGUGGGCAGCCUGCCCCCUUCGUCCUUCUUGUCGCACCCCAACCCCCAGGCUCAGCCACAGCCGCCGCAACAUUAUUCUCCUCACAGUGUGCUCCCACCUGCGUCGAGCGCUCAAACCUACCCGCAGCCUAUCGCGCCCGCGCCUCCCCGGGACCGCCGUGAUUUCAAUGGCAUCCCAUCCGGUGCUUUUAGCUAUCCAGAUGGCAAGACUUCCCCCUGGAUGAACCCUGAUCCGUCCGUGGGCGCAAAUGGUGCUGCCCCGUAUGCUGCGAAGGAAGCCCCUCGGACCCAGGUUGUUGGGUCCCAAGGCCGACGCGGUAUCCUUCCGAGUGUUCCGGGACGCGCGACUCCCGUCACUAACGGUGUGAAUGGUACUGCCAAAAACACCACCAUUCCAGCUAAGGAUGCAGAUGGAAAAUUCCCCUGCCCGCAUUGUAACAAGACCUACCUUCAUGCCAAGCACUUGAAGCGCCAUCUGCUCCGACACACUGGUGAUCGCCCCUACAUGUGUGUUCUUUGCAAGGAUACUUUCUCCCGCAGCGAUAUUUUGAAACGCCACUUCCAGAAGUGCUCACUGAGACGCGGAAACCCAACCGGGGCAACUCACCUGUCGCAUCCCAACGCUCAUAUUAAGAGGUCCCAAGCUGCAAAUCCUGCCAAAACCGUUCAGGAUGAAGUCAGUAAUAACAUCCCGCCUCCCAAUGGCAUGCCCGGUACAGCUUAUAGCGAGGGAGCCGUGAACGGUAAUGGGUUGGCGCACGGCCGGCCAGGGUUCACGGAUCACCAGCCUCUGGGCUUUUCGAUGUCGUCUGUCAAUGGGAUGAACCGUGGUCAGCCAGACGACGCCUUCCCCGCUGGCCGCCCCCAUCAGGCAGGUCCUUGGCAGGCAGCUCCCAAGCAGAACCCGUACCUGGUGCAGCCGGGCGCUGAUCCAUCUAAUCAGCAGCUGAGUGUUGACCGUACUUCCCUCGAACAGGUAAAACAACCGAUUGUUCACGAUCCUAAGCGCCCUGUGAUGCCGGGACCCCAGCCUGGCCACCCUAGCGAACUGGAGUGGGCUACGAUGUUCCAGCCCGGAGCCUCUGAUGGCUAUCUCAACCCGGUAUUCCCCCAGAGCAUGGCAUCUGGUCAAGAGCCUAUCCACGCUCAUGUCGACGCCGAACGCAAGUUUUACCCCGCCACCACUGCUGGCGCCCAGGAAGGCGGAAUGAACGGACUUUACCUGGCCUCGACCACACUGAGCAGCGACGGCACCGUCCAGCCUGCCAGGCAAUAGACGUCAAAUGAAGUCGAUUGAGAGCCGACUGCUGGUUGAGGCCUCUUUGUCGCGUGCGCUUCAAGUUCCAAAUGCGCACGACAAUGUUCUUCGAUUCCUUCCACACGAGACAUGAGAAACCCUUCGGUAUCCUGAAAGUGAUCUAUCGCGAGAUACAAUCACUGGAAAUUUACUAAUCGCAUGGGAA